GUGUUCGAAGAUGGCCGCGCCCGCCCCUGCAGUCAGCUCAGCGCUUCCUGCAGAGUGUGUUUAAAUGAGACAACUGCAGUUCGGUGCUGAAGCUUUGAGGAAAACGUUUUUAUAAUAAAACCUCUCACGUUUUAGCCUCGCCGACAUGAGUAAGAACGAAUUAAUCCUCCCCAAAGACUUUCCUCAGUUAAAGAACAACACAUUCCUGCGAGCAGCCAGAGGAGAACAAACCGAACAUGUCCCGGUCUGGUGUAUGAGACAGGCUGGAAGAUACUUACCAGAAUUCCGUGCGUCCAGAGAAGGGAAGGACUUUUUUGAGACGUGUCGGUCACCAGAGCACUGCUGUGAGCUCACGCUGCAGCCUCUGAGACGUUUUCCCUUUGAUGCUGCCAUCAUCUUCUCCGAUAUCCUCGUGGUUCCCCAGGCCUUGGGUAUGGAAGUACAGAUGCUGACGGGUAAAGGUCCGACUUUCACAGACCCCCUGAAGGAGCCGGAGGACCUGCAGCGCCUGCGGGCCAAUGUGGACGUUAGCAAAGAGCUGGACUACGUGUUCAGAGCCAUCACUCUGACCAGACACAAGAUAGAAGGGAAAGUUCCGCUCAUAGGAUUUAGCGGAGCGCCGUGGACCCUCAUGUCCUACAUGAUCGAGGGCGGAGGCUCCAACACGCACUCUAAAGCCAAACGUUGGCUCUACCGACACCCCGAGUCCAGCCACAUGCUGCUGAGGAUGCUGACGGACGUCAUCGUUGAGUAUCUGCUGGGGCAGGUAGCAGCCGGAGCUCAGGCCCUGCAGCUCUUCGAGUCCCAUGCUGGCAUUCUGGGACCGGUCCAGUUUAAAGAGUUCUCUCUGCCGUACCUCCGAGACAUCGCUCGCCGCGUCAAAGACAAGCUGAAGGAGAUGGACCAGGAUGUUCCCAUGAUUGUGUUUGCUAAAGAUGCUCACUACGCUUUAGAGGAACUUUCUGAGUCUCACUACGAGGUGGUGGGUCUGGACUGGACCAUCGACCCCCGAUCAGCACGGAAGCGUACAGGAGGGAAGGUCAGCCUGCAAGGAAACAUGGACCCCUGUGCUCUUUAUGCCCCAAAGGAGCGCAUUUCCGACAUCGUAAAGAAGAUGUUGGAGGGUUUCGGCUCCAGGGGCUACAUCGCCAACCUGGGCCACGGCCUCUACCCCGACAUGGACCCGGAGAACGUCGGCGCCUUCGUGGAAGCCGUACACCUGCACUCUAAAAAUAUGAACAAACAAGUGUGAAGAUGGAUGUGUGUACAACAAAUAAAUCAUAUUGAUUGUGAUAAAAUGCAUCUUUGAAUGAUAAAAUAAACAAGCAACAAGUGGGUUUUUACGCAGAAAAGAGACUUUCACAGCUUAUUUAAUUAUUUCAACAAUUUUAUCUGCAAGAAAAAUAAAAAAAAAUGUCUAUUAGAAUAAAAUGAAAAACAAAUUUCUCGAUAAACAUGUUGAUUUUCUAAGAUGAGUCUUUUCUUCAUCCUUAAUAUGUUUAUCUGAGUCAGAGUGGAUUAUUGUGCUGUUUAUGUUUCUGCUUUAAAAACCCUUUACCACAUCAAGGUGCUGACUGGAAGGGAGACCUGAAAAAUAAAACAGUCAAUAAUGCAAACAAAUGAAUAAAUACAUUUAGAUUG